AUGAGACUUUUAGGUUCUUUCGGAGUUAUAAUAGCACUGCUAGGAAAUGUGUUGGCAGAACAGAAUGACUAUGACGAAAUGUCCAAUGCAACAGAUGCAAGGUCGUCUAUCAUCGCCAGCUCAAAGGCCGCAGCAACAGCCACCUCUCGAGGUACCACAGCCAGCAACAGCCCCAAUAGAGUAAAUAAGCGACAGAAUUUGAGCAACAAUCAGGUAUAUCUUCUGAACAACUGGGGCCAAGUGAAAAAAACGAGCACUCUGGCAAGGAAACUAGGUCUGUACACAGCCUGGAGAAUAACACUCCUUCUUCCCAAAAAAACAGAGUUCAAUCUAAAUGGGUUUGGGCCCAACAUAAAGCUGGAGCUCCUUACACAGCUGAUGGGAAUUCUGAGAAACACUAAGCCUGACUCGCCUAAUGCUAUUUACAGCGAUUUACCUCCCGAGUAUGCCACCAUAGUAGCACAGGGCACAACUACCACUACCACGACAAAGACAGAUAGCUCCUCUUCAUCCAGCUCCAGACCCGCAGCUGCAGCUGCAGCAGCAGUAAGCACUAAGUCUACAGCAGUAGAAGAAACAGUUGAAGAAGGAGAACAGUAA